CCCCGGAAAGGAAACUACGCGGAGCGGGUGGGCGCCGGCGCGCCCGUCUACAUGGCGGCCGUGCUGGAGUACCUGACGGCCGAGAUCCUGGAGCUGGCGGGCAACGCGGCGCGCGACAACAAGAAGACGCGCAUCAUCCCCCGCCACCUGCAGCUCGCCAUCCGCAACGACGAGGAGCUCAACAAGCUGCUGGGCAAGGUGACCAUCGCGCAGGGCGGCGUGCUGCCCAACAUCCAGGCCGUGCUGCUGCCCAAGAAGACCGACAGCCACAAGGCCAAAGCCAAGUGAGACUGGUUCAACAAACAACCCAAAGGCUCUUUUCAGAGCCACCCACACUUUUCCCAAAAGAGCAGGAACACUUGAAUCUACGAACAGUAGGAUUAUUUACUGCUGCCUCGAAAACCAUGUUACGGUGAUUCUAUGUAACCGGAAACGUUUAUAUGUAAAUAUAUAUAUUUACCUUGAA